CUAUACGGAGUACAUCAAGGACAUUCAAGCAUUGUCUUAGGCAAAGCGGUCGGCUCCACCAAACAAAUGUUUGUAUGUCAUGUUUGCACUCCCCCGACCGCCCCCGAUCGGAGCAUCACCAGCAACUCCGGAGUAGAAACAACCUGACCACCACCACCCACAGCCUCAGACAACAAUGGCUCUCGAAAACGAUGCCGUGGCCGGCGCAACCAUCGAACUCCUCGAAUCGCGUCUCCGACGACUCACCUACCUCCUGACCGGCGACGCCAACUGGACCGGCAUCCCCACGGCGCCCGCCAAACCGGCGUCCUUGGAAGAGAGCGUCUCGCGUCGUCUCCUCCACCUCGAACGAGACCUAGAACGGCUCAGCAGGAAUAACCCCGCCGUGCGAGAUGUUCUUCUACUUCAUGACCGCUUCCCCGACCUCUUCCGACCCACCCCGCCGCAGACAUUACCAGAGAACCUAACGACCCAGAACCUCGCCUCGAUCGUCCUCUCCUACGCCUCCGCCUUUCCCGAGACCGCAUCGCGCCUGACCUCGCUCAACGACCUCCCGAUCCCAGACGCCCAGGCCUCCGCCUCCCUGAUCGAGCUGCAGCCGCGACUGACCGAACUGGCGCAGAAGCAGGAAGACCAGGCGCGAGAGAUCUCAGAGCUGCGGGUACAAACGGCGCGGGCGCUGCAGCGCUGGUACGAGAUCGCGCUGGUGGGCGGUGGGGAGUGUUGGGCUGAAUGGGAGGGGAGACUUGAGGAUGUGGAGAGGGAGGUUCGGAGGGAAGAAGUGGUGCGGGAGAGGAGGGCGAAGGAGCUGUAAGGACGGAUUGGAUUGGUUUUUUGUGUUUUGUGAUUUAUG